AGACAGGACUGAGAGUGGAAGUCGGCGGAGUCACAUAUGAAAUCACAGACUUUAACUGAGGACCGGGUUGCGUCCUCAGGAUGCGCAUCGCUCCUCCGAGCUGCAGCCACAGGUUGACCCACGCGAUGCUGCUUCUCUGCGGGGACCGUUCGGCUCCAUCUCGUCUUCUGAUCGGAUCCGCACGGACACCGGCGAUGGAUGAGUGAUUGAAAACAAUCCGAACUGAUCGCAUCGGGGCGAGGACGAGGAAGAGGUGGAAACACCUGCGCGGAGCGACGCGUAAAGACGUGCAGGAGAAGCUGGAAAGGACGCGAGCGAUGACGGGCUGUCCGUGACAAGAUGAAAAAGAAAAAGUGCGGUGGUGUGUUUUCAUCCAGCUAGUGAUUCAACGCAAUUAACCUGGGGGACAGGGAGGCAGAGAGAAGAGACAGGUGUGUCACCAUGGAGCCUCCCCCCUCUCUGAGCUUGGCUCUGCUAGGAGGGAGCGAGGAUGAGGACCAGCGCUUCCUUCUGCCCCUAAGCAACAUAUCCCAUCCAUCCACCACAAGCAACCAGCCAGGAUCCAACCAUUCCAACCACAUGGGAGGGUCGAGCCUCGACCGUCUGAAUGGCAGCACUUCGUCCCCGUCUCCUGCCACACCCAACGUGCCACCGGCGCCACUCCCCAAGUUGCCGCUGUCUUCCUCUGGAACACAACCUCUGCCCCCUCCCAUCCCCAAUGCUUUGCACCCCACCAGCACCCCGCUGUCAUCCUGCCUGGGCUCACAGCACAGCUUGAGUGGAGACAACUCACCCAUCUACAACGCCUUGUUUUACUCCUCUUAUUCGCCAUCCAUGGAGCAGCGGGAGAGGGACAGAGAGCGCGACAGGGAUCGACACAGAGAGACAGGCUGUAAACACAGACAGGCUAGUCCCCUGGUUCACCGUAGGGACAGUAAUCCCUUUACGGAGAUCGCCAUGAGUUCCUGUAAGUACACAGGAGGGGUCAUGAAGCCGCUGAGCCGCCUCAGUGCUUCACGUAGAAACCUCAUCGAAUCUGACAGCAGCAGUGAAACCAAAGAAGGUGGUGUUUCAGCUGUUGCUGGGGCAACUGCUGUUGGGGGGCGCGACCGAGAACGGGAAGUCCCUCCUACCUCCUCGGUGGGCCAGUCGUCCAUCAAUCAGCCCCCAAUCCAGGGCCCUCCAGAGAUUGUGAUUUCAUCCAAAGAAGACUCGCCAUACCCUAGAGGCUAUGACAUCACUGACUCCACAUGCAACCAGAUGUCCAUCUACCACCAGAACCACUCACUGGUGGAAAGCAGGCGGACCUUGAGCAGGUCAGGAGGCGUGGGAGGUGGAGGUGGUGGCAGCAGCAGGCAAGGAGGCGGAGGGGGAGUCAGCACUGGGACCGGGGGCAGCAGCUCGAAAGCUCCUAAACGGAAGAACCAAAACAUUGGCUAUAAAUUGGGCCAUCGUAGGGCGCUGUUCGAGAAGAGGAAGAGGCUGAGUGACUAUGCCCUCAUCUUCGGGAUGUUCGGCAUUGUCGUCAUGGUGAUUGAGACCGAGCUGUCCUGGGGCGUGUACACAAAGAGCUCCAUGUAUUCUCUGGCCCUGAAGUGUCUGAUCAGCCUGUCUACCGUCAUACUGCUCGGACUCAUCAUAGCCUAUCAUGCACGAGAAGUACAGCUCUUCGUCAUCGACAAUGGAGCGGAUGACUGGCGCAUUGCCAUGACGAUGGAGAGGGUUCUCCUGAUCGCUCUGGAGCUGCUCGUGUCGGCGGUGCAUCCGGUGCCAGGAGACUUUAAAUUCCAAUGGAGGGCACGCCUGGCCUUUUCAUACGCCCCGUCACAGGCUGAGGCUGACCUGGACAUGGUGUUGAGUGUGCCCAUGUUCCUGCGCCUCUACCUCAUCGCCAGAGUCAUGCUCCUGCACAGCAAACUCUUCACAGAUGCCUCCUCCAGGAGUAUAGGUGCCCUAAAUAAGGUGCACUUUAACACGCGGUUUGUAAUGAAAACCCUCAUGACUAUCUGCCCCGGGACGGUGCUGCUGGUCUUCAGCAUCUCUCUGUGGAUCAUUGCUGCCUGGACCGUACGUGUGUGUGAGAGGUAUCAUGAUGCACAGGAUGUGACCAGUAACUUCCUGGGGGCCAUGUGGCUUAUCUCCAUCACUUUUUUGUCCAUCGGCUAUGGCGACAUGGUUCCUCACACUUACUGUGGCAAAGGAGUCUGUCUGCUCACUGGAAUCAUGGGCGCUGGCUGUACGGCUCUGGUGGUUGCCGUGGUAGCGAGGAAGCUGGAGCUGACCAAGGCUGAGAAACACGUGCACAACUUCAUGAUGGACACACAACUCACCAAGAGGAUAAAGAAUGCAGCUGCUAACGUGCUAAGGGAGACCUGGCUCAUCUACAAACACACCAAGCUGAUGAAGAAGAUCGACCAUUCCAGAGUCCGCAAGCACCAGAGAAAGUUCCUGCAGGCGAUACAUCAAUUACGCAGUGUGAAAAUGGAACAGAGGAAACUCAGUGAUCAGGCCAACACACUAGUGGACCUCUCAAAGAUGCAGAGCGUCAUGUACGAGCUCAUGUCGGAACUUAACGAUCGCAGCGAGGAUUUGGAGCGUCAGAUGUUGUCGCUGGAGCAGCGGGUGGAGCAGCUCACUGCCGGCUUCAGUGCGCUGCCUGCGCACCUUUCUGCGACCCUCAGCGCGCAGCAUGCCGCCCUGGUCCACCUGCUCCGAGAGAGGGAUGUAAGGGACUGUAGAGGAGGAGGAGUAGGAGGAGGAGGAGGAGGUGCUGUGGUUCCACUGUCUCCAACAGCCUCUGGAACCACUGCUCCUUCUUCAGUGUCUCCAGUCACAGUUCAAACCCAAGCUCAGCUCCCUACUUUGGCCUUGGGCUCCCCUCUGUCUACUCAACCCCUGAACCCAGAGGGGAGCCUGCAGCAAGCCGCUCCCAACCCCAGUACCUGCACCUCCAGCUGCUGAAGCCAGCAGAGACCAGGGUGGACAAACAUGGAGGGGAGGAGAGCGGAGGGGGCUGUGCUAUACGUAGUACAUGGAGAUCUCUCACUGGAGCGAGAUGAGGGAGGAGGACAGAAAUGGGAGGUGAUCCUCUGAAACUAAUGCUCCAUGGGAGAAGAACAAAGAAGGGAAGAUGAGGAGAAAUAAUAGGAUUAAGAUGAAGGGCUCAUGUGAAUAAUGAGACAUGUGAGGGUCUUUGGGGCGCUUUCCUUGAGGAAGGAAAGACAAGAAAAAUGGUGAAAAACUGGAGACUCUUAAAGGUGUGAGUGGGAGGAAAGUUGUCGACGGGGUGAGAAAUGGAAGUCGAGAGAAUGAGGGCGGAGGAAGAGAGAGGGGAGGAGAAUUAGCGAGGAAUAAUUAUAUUAACUCAAAUCUCCAAUAACAAAAAAGGCCUUUUAUAUUCUGUCUCUCGCUCUCUUCCCUCCUCUCUCUCUCACUCUCUUUGCUCCCCACUCCCAAACUCUCUCUCCUCAUCAGGAAUUAAUGACCAUGACUUUUUAUCUUUAUGAUGUAUUUUCUAACUGAAUGCUAAUUGUGUGUUAACGAGCAUCCCUUUAAAAUAAGGUUCGAUCAAUACGACCGUGAUUUUAAAAAAGUGGCAUGCACCACACAUGCACACACACACACACCUUGUAUUAACUCUUCAUGCAGCACAAACAUAAAUUCACUUUCACAAAGUAGACCCUAUUAAUGAAAAACAAUGCACUUUCCCAUUAGAUGAGACUAUAGCCUAUACUGCCAAGUACUCAAUGCACUGUCCAUUUCAACAAAGCACUGCCAAGCAAUUUAGAAAGUUAUAUCACUCGGGUGUGAGCUAAAGUAGUGCUUCACAGUUGUGGCACUUUGAAAAACAGAGUUCAGAUCAUUGGAAAAUUUGCCAAA